AUGGAGAGUGAAGAAAAUAAUUUGUCAGAUGCAAAAUAUUUGCAUGAACUUUCAAAAGAUGAUAUACUGAGUUUGGAGUUUGAUGAUUUAGAAGAUGUUUAUGAAUUUUAUAAAGCAUAUGCUUAUGCCAUAGGCUUUGGUGUUCGUAAAGAUAGUUGUAGGCGAAACAAAGAUGGAAUUGAAGUUAUGAAGCAUUUUGCUUGUUUGAAAGAAGGACAUAGGGUUGAAAAAUGGAAAAAGCUAGAGAACCGGAUGCGAGAACCUAAAAGUUCAUCUAGAACAGAUUGCAAGGCUAACAUUCGGGUCAUUCUAAACAAAGAUACAGGAAAAUGGUAUGUUUCACAUUGUGAACUUAAACAUAAUCAUCAUAUGGUAAAUCUCGCUCAAAUAGGUUUCAUUCGUUCGAAUAGGCAUAUUAAAGUAGCUGAUGUCUGUGAAGCAAAAGCUAUGAAAGUUGCAGGUAUCAAAACAUGUCAAGUGAUGAAUGUUUUUGCAGCUCAAGCAAGGGGCAUUCAAAAUGUUGGUUUUACGCAUAAAGAUUUUUAUAAUCGUAUGGUGGCUGAAGAACAUGCUGAGGUAAAUGAUGGUGAAGUUCAAGUGACGUUGUUAUAUUUUGGAGUGAAAAAGGAAAUAGAUAGUGGAUUCUACAUGACGCACACGACUUAUGAUGAUAACAAAUUGAAGAAUUUAUUUUGGGCUGAUUCUGUAUCAAGAUCAAAUUAUGCUUGUUUUGGUGAUGUUUUGGCAUUUGACACAACUUAUAAGAAAAACACAUUUAAUUUGCCUCUUUUGGUUUUCAUUGAUGUGAACUAUCAUCAUAUGACCACCAUUUUUGCAUUAGCAUUGCUCACAAAUGAAGAUGCUGAAAGCUAUAUUUGGGCUUUAUCCACAUUUUUAGAAUGUAUGAUGAACAAAAAGCCAAUAUCUGUGGUUAUUGAUGAAGAUAGAGCUAUGAGAAAGGCAUUGAAAAUGGCAUUCCCUAGAGUACAACACAGGCUAUGCUCUUGGUAUCUUGCUAGUAAUGCCCAAGCAAACAUACCACUACCUGGAUUCGUUCAGAAUUUUAAAGCUUGCAUAAAAUCUUGGUGGACGAUUAAUAAGUUUGAAAGAGAAUGGAAAGAGAUGGUAAAAAAAUUUGCAUUACAAGGACAUCAAUGGAUAGAUGAGAUGUAUAAAAAGAAGCAUAUGUGGGCCCAAUCACACUUGAGUGGUCAUUUUUUCAGAAUAAUUACGAGUACAUCACGUUACGAAGGUUUGAAUUCUUUUAUAGCUUUUGUUGCAAAAGAGAGGAAGACGUUAUUGGAGUUUGUUAGAGCAAUUGAAGAUGAAAUUAAAAAUAUUCGAAAUAAUGAGAUUGGUGAAGAUUACAUAUCCAUCCAUACAGAGCCAGUUUCAAGCCAAAUUUUCAAAGAUAUUGAAAAGCAUGUUGCAAGUGUUUAUACAAGAAGAACAUUCAAAAAGUUUAUAGAUGAAAUGUGUCUACAACAAUUGUUUUAUCAUGAAUGUCGCAUUGAUGAUGUGCCAUCUAUACGGGUAUACCAUUUGAUGAAGUAUGGAGAUCUUUCUGAGCGAAUACGUGUGGAGUUUCAUGUAGAUGAUUAUAAAAUGCUCAUGUCUUAA